UCUUAUUUAUCACAAAUCAGCUGGCCUUGGCACGAAAAAAUGUUUUGUAAGAGAGUUUGGAAUAGUUCUUUCCGUAGUUUGAUGCGUGCAUAUCAUAAGUCAGUAGACAGGAAAGGACUUGCACAGGCUGCAGAGAUAGUAAAAGUUCCAGACAGGCUAGUAGCAGCCUUAUCCGAUAUUGUUGGCAAGAAAAAUGUGUCAACUGCAAUGGUAGUUAGAGAGCAGCAUGGUAGAGAUGAAUCAUACCAUAGUUGUUGUCCACCAGAAGUAGUAACUUUCCCACAGAAUGUUGAACAAGUCAGCGAGAUUGCAGUUCUAUGUAAUGAUAAUGAGAUACCAUUGAUUCCAUUUGGUAGUGGUACAGGAUUAGAAGGUGGCAUUAAUGCUGUGAAGGGAGGAGUGUGUGUUGACCUAACUCACAUGAAUGAAAUUCUGUCUGUUAACCCAGAAGACUUUGACUGUACUGUACAAUCAGGAGUGACUAGAAUGCAGUUAAACAAUUACCUCAGAGACACUGGCUUAUGGUUUCCUAUUGAUCCUGGAGCUGAUGCAUCCCUGUGUGGAAUGUGUUCCACCAGUGCAUCAGGAACAAAUGCUGUCAGAUAUGGUACAAUGAGAGAAAACGUUCUAAAUUUAGAAGUAGUUUUGGCUGAUGGGCGUAUCAUAAAUACUGCUGGGAAAGGAAGAAGGACAAAGAAAACUUCUGCUGGAUACAAUCUUACAAACUUAUUUGUAGGAUCAGAAGGGACAUUGGGUAUAAUAACAAAGGCUUCAUUGCGACUUUUUGGCAUACCAGAAGCAACUGUGUCAGCCGUUUGUCAUUUCCCAGAUGUACAGGGUGCUGUAGAUACAACUGUUCAGGUAUUGCAGUGUGGUAUCCCUAUUGCCAGGAUAGAGUUUUUAGAUGAGGUAUCAAUAGAUGCAGUAAACAAGUAUAGUAAAAUGGACAUGAAAGUUGCACCAUCGCUAUUUUUAGAAUUCACUGGAACUCCUUCAUCUCUGGAUGAACAAGCAGCAUUAGUUGCUGAUUUAUGCAGCAUGAAUAAUGGUUCAGAUUUCAAAUGGGCUAAAGAUCCAGAAGAAAGAAGUCAUUUAUGGAAAGCUAGACAUGACAUUUUAUAUGCAUGUAUGGCUCUAAAACCUGGCAGUAAGCCAUAUUCCACCGAUGUUUGUGUUCCUGUCUCUAAGUUACCAGAAAUAAUUAAAAGAUCUAAGGAAGAAAUUACCAAGGCAGGAGUGUGUGAUUCCUUCAUGUUGGGUCAUGUGGGUGAUGGGAAUUUCCACACACUGUUUUUGGCAGAUCCAAAUAAUCCAAAAGAAGUACAAAUAGUUAAAGAUGUAUCUAAUAAAAUUGCUGAGAUGUCUUUGGAGAUGAAUGGAACCUGCACAGGAGAGCAUGGCAUAGGACAGGGAAAGAGAGAGUUACUGGUACAAGAGAUAGGAGAAACUGGUAUCCAGGUGAUGCAACAGAUAAAACAAACAUUAGAUCCCAAGGGUAUCAUGAACCCAGCAAAAGUUUUCUUUUAAACACAUGGGAACCUUUGAUUGAUCAAUUUCAAAAAAGUUUAUGUGAUUCAAUGUAAACCCUUUGUAGAGUAUGAUGGCUGUAUUAUAUACUAUUAGAAUUUUGGUUUCUAUGAUCAGAAUCUCUGAUGUAAAAAUCAGCAAAUGUUAAUCAGAAGUAAUUUUUUGGAUGAAAAAUGAAAUGGCUGAUUGUUGUAGCUUAGUUUUAUAUUAUUAUUUGGAAGAGUUAUUCAAAUUAAUUAAUAAGUGAAUGUAUAAGUAUAAGUACAGUUUUGACUCAUAUAAGUGUACUCUUGUAACUGAUGAAUCUUCCUUUUAACAAGCUACUAAGUGAUGCAUAGCUUCCCUGUACCCACAAGACUCUUGAAAAAUACAAAAUAAAAGGGCUUUUCUCUACAAAAUUGAUAGAGAAGACUGAUUUUAAAUAUUAUUCCUAAGUUGAAUAGAUAUGCAUUUCGAAUAAAUAUCUAAACAAUACUUCCUUAAAACAAUUGAACAUUUUUAUGACAAAUAUAGAAACCCUGCUGGUCAGGUCUUAUCUUGGUUAAAGUUUAGUGCUAAAUCUCAUUGAGGCCAAAAGUAAAACUUACUAAUUUUCAUCCAAAUGAGUCUACACUGGACCAAAUGAAAGGGAUUAUUGUUUUACUCUCCUUUUAUAUGACUUUUUCAAUAAGGGUUCACUAUUUUAAAAAGUUCCAGUUCAAAGUGCACUAAUAUUUUUUUUUGUUUAAAACAUGUAAUUUGUAAAUAGUAAUAUCUGAAAUCAGAAAAGUUCUGAAAAUUGUCUGAAAUGUUCUGUAUGCAGAUUCUUCAAAUUCAUGAUUGAUCAACUUUCAAUAAAAAUGUAUUGGUUUGAAUUUUCUUACAACCAUCAAAAAAGGAAUUGUUAUGGUAUACCCUUGUCCAGCAUUUUAGUGUUUGGUUUGUAAAAGUAAGCUCCCUUCCAUUAUGGUAAAUUUUUGCAUUCAGUUCCAUUUUGAACAGAUAGGGGUAUUUGUGAAAAAUCAAGGGGCGGUGAAAUUUCCCAAGCCGCUAGGCAAGGGAAAUUUGGUCCCAAGACUGGUAUUUUUCGCAAAUAACCCUCCAUAACAUGAUAUAUCUGUUUAAUUACACCGAAUAGAUUUUGUUUGAAACUGUCUGUACAUGUGAAGGGAAAUCGUAGUACCGCGGGAAUUAUACAUGUACUUAUAUGCGUUAGUGCUGUCUUUUUGUAACGUCAUGGUAUCUAUAUGUGUUAAUGUCAUUGUUAUUCCAUCAUUAAAUCAUUCAUUUGUAUAGACAUUUUUUUCCCCUCUUUAUAUGUAUAUUUCUGACAGUUUUCGGUUUAACUCAAUCAAUAGUGCUUAGCCAUGUUGUCGGGAUAAAGUGAAUAAGGUUCCGAAUAAUUUUGGCGUGAACAGGCUCGCGAGGGUAAAAAAAAGGAAUAUCCAAAAUGGCAAAUACCACGACAGAGAGGGAAAUUUGAGGCAAAUUUACCGGCAGUGGUGAAAAAACAGGCAAAUUCGUUUGAAAUGAGGAAAAAAUGUUAGAAUAUGGGAAAAAUACACUGGCUAACAACCAAUCAAAAUCCGGCAUUCUUAUAUAAGGUGUAAUUAUUCAGAAAAUUUUGGUAAAGGUCAAUGGUAUUUUACAAAUAUGGCCUUCUUUCAAAUAACAAAGCAGGUCAACAAACUUUGUCACUAUCAUUAUGACAUAUUUUAUACUCUAGUAAUUUUGAUUAAGUUUUGUUUCGUAGGUCCAUUUCUUCGGAAACUUAUGGCAAUAUGUUAUAUUUCACCUCCAUUCACAUGUUAUACGACACUGUUGAUUCAUAUUAUUUUUGUGCGAUACAGUUCAUGAAUGAGUGACCUUUUAAUGUUUUUCAUUCAGAUCCAUAUCUCAGAAAUAAAACAAUUGUAAUAUAUCAGUGAUAAAGAAGUUCUCAUGUCAAAAACAAAUUUAUUCAUGUAUGUGUAUUUCUUAUCAUAUUUUUUAAAAAAACAAGUAUUUUCCUUUUUUAAAAUUUUUUAAAAAUGUCUUUCAUUAUAUGUAUUGUAUGAUUUUAUUUAUGACAUGCAAAACUAUGGAAUGUUUUUAAGAUCAUUAUAUAUUUAUAUUACAUAUAUUUUAUAAAAGUAGAAACUGCAGAAACAUUUCUUAUACAUUACUAUGUUCUAUUCAUGUACUUCUUUGUAUUUACACAUAUUUUAAUGAUUUCCAAUUAAAAUUAACCUGUCAAAAUAGUAAGUGAAUGAAUUGUAUGCAUUAAAAUUGAGGUCUUUAGGACCAGUGCUGAAUUUUUUCUUCCAUUUGAAAAAAUGAACUUUUCCUAACCUGUUUGUUGACUGCGCGAGUACUUAAGUCCUUAUGUUUUAAGAAAUUUACAUCCAUAGUUAUUUCCCUUGAGUGUAAAUUCAGUUUAGUGAAUUGAUUUAUGUUGAAGAAUGGUUACAUUUGUCCUUAAUAUCCUUAUGCAUUACAUUUGUUUAGCACAGAACAAAAAAAAAUGAAGUUUGAAAAAGUAAAGGAUACCAUUAUAACUAUGCCAUGAAUAGAUUGCCUGUUUGAACGUCAAAUUUAUAUCUGCAAUAUUCAUUUUAUUUCGUUUAUUUCGUGGAUAGAUAGUAUCCAAGACAUUUAAACCCAAACUAAAUUGUAACCUACAAAAAAUAUUAUUAUUUUUACAUACUGGAAACCACAAAAAUAAAUCCUCAUGAAAUGAAAAUUAGAUACACAACCUGGAACUUUUAAUUCCAUGAAAAAUUAAUGUUUCUACAGUAGUAUUUAAUAUGUUAAUCCUGAGAAUUUUGAUCAAUCUUUUGUUAAGUAUCAAUUGUUUGUUGUUAUCAUGUAAAUUAUUUUUAUACGUCGCAAACAAAUUUUGCGAUCGUAUAUUGGUAUGACGUAGGCAUCGUCGUCGUCGUAGUCGUUGUCGUCGUCCGAAGACACAUUGGUUUUUCGCACUCUAACUUUAGUCUAAGUGAAUGGAUCUCUAUGAAAUUUUACCAUAAGGUUCAAUACCACAAAAGGAAGGUUGGGAUUGAUUUUGGGGGAUAUGGUACCAACAGUUAAGGAAUUAGGGGCCAAAAAUAAGCAUUUUUGUAACUUCCAGACAUAAAUUGUGUGUUAGUGUAUGGAUCUCUCUGACAUUGUACCACAAGGUUCCAUAUCACAAAGGGAAUGCUGGGAUUGAUUUUGGGGGUAAUUGCCUCAAAAUUUUAGGAAUUAGGGGCAAAAAAAGGGGCAAAAAACAAGCAUUUUUAUAUGGACAAAUACUUUAGUACAAAACAUAAUUUAAAGCAGUGUAAGGGAGAUAAAUCAAAUACAUCAUUUGAAUUACCUCCCUUACACUGCUUUUAAAUAAUGUAUAAAGUAAUGGUUAAUGAACAAUUAAGACAAUUUAAAACAGUGUAAGGGAGGUAAUCCACAUACAACGUUUUGAUUACUUCCCUUACACUGCUUUUAAAUUAUGUUUAAAGAAAUGCAUAUUUAUAAAGGAAGACCAGUAAAAAUAUCUGCAAAUGUUGCAUCUUUUUUUUUUUACAAAAAAAUCCAUAUGAAAGAUUUGACACCAUAUUUUAAAUUCUAUUAUAAAAUAGAUUAAGUUAGCACUAUGGUAAAUUUAAAUGGAUAAUUAUGGUUGCAAAUUCCAUUGGAAAUUUGAAUUGAGAUUAUGACCAUAUCUUGAGGGAAAGAAUUUUUUUGGGGAAAAAGGGGGGGGGGGGGUAAAAAGAAAUUGUGGGGGUCAAUUUUUUCUCAUUUCAGAUUUCAGAAAUUAAAAAGAAUUAUUCUUCAAAUAUUUUUUUUUUUUCAAAUUUCAAAUAUUGAAAAAUUUCAAGAAGUAAUCUUUAAUUGCACAGUAUGGCGCAUUAGAUUUGUAAAAUCUUUGACCACAUUUAUUUAUUUGUUAUGCCAAAUCUAACCGUGUAUUUAGAUUUUUAAUUUUGGGUCCAGUUUUCAAAUUGGUCUACAUUAAGGUCCAAAGGGUCCAAAAUUAAACUUAGUUUGAUUUUAACAAAAAUUGAAUAUAUGGGGUUCUUUGAUAUGCUGAAUCUAAACAUGUAUUUAGAUUUUUGAUUUUGGGCCCAGUUUUCAAGCUGGUCCAAAUUGGGGUCCAAAAUUAAACUUUGUUGGAUUUCAACAAAAAUUGAAUAUAUGGGGUUCUUUGAUAUGCUGAAUAUAACCAUGUAUUUAGAUUUUUUAUUUGUGGGCCCCGCUAUCAAAUUGGUUCAUAUUGAGGUCAAAAGGGUCCAAAAUUAAACUUUGUUUGAUUUCAUCAAAAAUUGAAUUAUUGGGGUUCUUUGAUAUGCCAAAUCUAACCGUGUAUUUAGAUUUUUAAUUUUGGGUCCCGUUUUUUUAAUUGGUCUACAUAAAGGUCCAAAGGGUCCAAAAUUAAACUUAGUUUGAUUUUAACAAAAAUUGAAUUCUUGGGGUUCUUUGAUAUGCUGAAUCUAAACAUGUGUUUAGAUUUUUGAUUAUGGGCCCAGUUUUCAAGUUGGUCCAAGUUGGGGUUCAAAAUUAAACUUUGUUUGAUUUCAACAAAAAUUGAAUAUAUGGGGUUCUUUGAUAUGCUGAAUCUAACCAUGUAUUUUGAUUUUUGGGCCCCGUUAUCAAACUGGUCCACAUUGAGGUCAAAAGGGUCCAAAAUUAAACUUUGUUUGAUUUCAUCAAAAAUUGAAUACUUUGGAUUCUUUGAUAUGCUGAAUCUAACCAUGUAUUUAGAUUUUGGAUAUUGGACCAUAACAGGUAAAUUAAAAAAAUUUAAGUUCUUAGACCACAUUCAUUCUGUGUCAGAAACCUUUGCUGUGUCAAAUAUUUAAUCACAAUCCAAAUUCAGAGCUGUAUCAAGCUUGAAUGUUGUAUCCAUACUUGCCCCAACUGUUCAGGGUUCGACAUCUGUGGUCGUAUCAAGCUGCGCAGCGGAGCAUUUUAUUUGUUACACAUUUAUUUCCAAUGAGGAUUGUUAACCAACUGUUUUUGAAGUCAUAAAACAUAAGUUGCUGAAAAAAAUUAUAUGCUGUUGAUUUUAAUAAAAUUUAUUAUGAAUUGUUUAAA